AUGGAUCCGCCAGGCUUCGUACCCGUUGGCAAUAACAGGAGGAACAACAAUGCUAACGUCCCUGCACCGCAGCGUGCUCCUAACACACCGAACCAAGCACCACCAGCUCGAGGUCCGGGAGUUCAGGACCAAGGCCAGGGCAAUGCUCAACCGCCGCCACCGCCGCCGCCGCAGCAGCAGCAGCAGCGACCCGAGUUCCUACAGGUGCCCACUAUGAACAACGCCCGCGAUCCACAACCCGGAGAGGCGGAUCCUCAUGUGCAGCCAGGAGGGCGGACUGAGUUUGGUGAGCGGCCACGAGGGCAGAGCCGAAGCGAGUAUGCUGACGCUGAACCCGCUGUUCCUGAUGGCGGCCGGGGCGGAGGUGCGCCUGAUAGCAGACCGCCUCAGCACCCGUGGAUGCCAGAGACGCGGUUCUAUAAUCAGCAGCAGACGCGAAGGAGAAGAUGA